AGAAAGAGGCACUUGUAUUGUCGUUUCUGUUCCCAUGAACCGCUAUGAGCAAUAGAAGCAAGUGACGGUGGUGACACAAGAAAACAACAGAGAAAGCAGAAAGAAUAUGGGUAGAUUCUUUGUGAUGGAGCUUGAGGGAAGGUCUUAUAGAUGCAAGUUUUGUAGUACUCACUUGGCCCUUGCAGAUGAUCUCAUUUCAAGGUCGUUUCAUUGCCGGAGGGGAAAAGCAUACCUAUUCAAUAACGUUGUCAACUUCACACUCGGAGCACCAGAAGAAAGGAUGAUGCUUUCAGGAUUGCAUACUGUGGCAGAUAUCUUUUGCUGUUGUUGUGGUCAAAUAAUUGGCUGGAAAUACGAAUCUGCACACGAGAAGAGUCAAAAGUAUAAAGAAGGGAAGUUUGUUCUUGAAAGAGGAAGGAUAGUUGAUGAAGUUGAGUUCUCUACUGAAUUCUAUAUCGAUAGUCGUGUCUGCGUGAGUGAUGGUGACGAGGCUUAAAAAGACAUGCCGCUGGACUUGUUCUGUAUAUGAUGAACAAUAAAGGUGACCCUUGAAAAAUGUUCAAGAUCAGGGAAGUUUUUUUUUUUUUUUUUUUUUUAAAUUUAUUUAUUUGCGUGUGGUAUAUGAAAUGAGAGUUGCCAAUGGUGUAUGAUUUGUGGAGAAAGAAAAAGAUUGAAAUGGUAGUUUUAGAUUUGCUGCAAAAUACUUGGAAUGAACUCUCAGUAUAGACCUAUUAAAAAACAUUAUAUUUUAGUAAUGAACCUGUUUGAAUUUUUCUCUGAAGAAAAAGAUUAGCAUAAUGAUUAAAAAUAUAAGAAACUAGAUUAUAAAAAAAUAGUUGAGGAGUGAACAUCAAAAUUCAUUAUAAGAAAGAGAGAAAAAUAUCCAAACUUAAAAUCAAAUAGUUGUAAUUUAAAUUAACACUCUAUUAAGUAAAUGUCCCUUAAUAUAUUUGUAAAAUAAGUUGGAUGGAGGUUGACAUAAGUGAGAUUUAAAUCAGUUAACUUUAUAAAAUUUUUCAAGAAACUUAUAAUUGAUUCAAUUUGAAUUUAAUUACAUUUAAAAAAAAUUAAACUAAUAUAGACGUCCGUA